AUGGAGCCAGCCACUUCCCUGUCAGCCUCCCUUUUCUUCUCCAUUCUCAGCCUGCUGGCCCUCGUGUCAGCCCAGUUUACUGUCGUGGGGCCAACGGAUCCAAUCCUGGCCAUGGUAGGAGAAAAUACCACGUUAAGCUGUCACCUGUCUCCUGAGAAAAGUGCGGAGCACAUGGAAGUGCGGUGGAUCCGGACUCAGUUCUCCCCUGCAGUGUUCGUAUAUAAGGGUGGACAACAGAGGCCAGAGGAGCAGAUGGAAGAAUACCGAGAAAGAACCAGCCUUGUGAACGACAACAUUGGCAAAGGCCAUGUGGCACUGGUCAUCUACAACAUCACUGCCCAUGAGGAUGGCACCUAUCGCUGCUACUUCCAAGAAGGCAGGUCCUACGACGAGGCAAGCUUGCGCCUCAUGGUGGCAGGCCUGGGCUCUCAGCCCAGCAUCGAAAUGAAGGGCCAUGAGGAUGGAGGCGUCUUGCUAGAGUGCACAUCCGAAGGGUGGUUCCCAGAGCCCCAUGCACUGUGGAGAGGCCCUUACGGUGAGGUCCUGCCCGCCCUGACUGACUCGUACACUGUAGAGGCAGACGGCCUCUUCACAGUGACCACUGCUGUGUUGGUCAAAGACAGCUCUGUGAGGAACAUGACCUGCUCCAUUAACAACACCCUGUUGGGCCAGGAGAAGGAAACUGUGAUUUUCAUUCCAGAGUCCUUUACGCCAGGCAUAUCUCCUUGGCUGGGGACCCUGGCUGUCAUCCUUCCUGUCCUCACCCUGCUCGUGGCUGGGAGCAUCUGUCUUGUCAGGAAGCUCCACAGGGAAAAGGAGAUUCUCUCAGUGGAAAAGGAGAUUGAACAUGAAGAGAAAGAAAUUGCAAGGCAGCUUCAAGAAGAAUUGCUAUGGCGAAGAACCCUCCUAAAUGCCGCUGAUGUGGUUCUGGAUGCAGACACUGCUCAUCCCGAGCUCUUCCUGUCGGAGGACGCAAGAAGCGUGAGGCGUGGCCCCUGCCGGCAGAGCGUGCCCGACAACCCUGAGCGCUUCAGCUGCCGGCCGUGCGUCCUGGGCCAAGAACGCUUCGCCACGGGGCGGCACUACUGGGAGGUGGAGGUGGAAAACGUAAUGGUGUGGGCAGUGGGGGUUUGCAGAGACAGCGUGGACAGGAAGGGUGAAGCUCUACUGCUGCCUCAGAAUGGCUUCUGGACCCUGGAGAUGUUUGGCAACCAGUACCGGGCCCUGUGUUCCCCUGAGAAGAUCCUGCCACUCCGAGAGCGCCUCCGCCGGGUGGCCGUCUUCCUGGACUACGAGGCUGGGGAUGUGUCUUUCUACAACAUGAGGGACAGAUCACACAUCUAUACAUGCCCCCCGCCGGCCUUCUCAGGGCCCCUGAGGCCCUUCUUCAGGCUGGGCUCUGAUGACAGCCCUCUCGUCAUUUGCCCAGCCUUCACAGGGGCUCGGGGAAUCACUGUGCCUGAGGGAGGCCUAAUCCUGCACAGACCAGAAUCCCACCAGCCCCCACAGGACCGAUUUCCUCGUCUCAGAACCAUCUCUAGAGAAGGCCUGCCAUGA